AUGAAGGCGUUUUCGUUAUCGAAGAAGAAAACUCCGUUUCAGAAGCAUCGCGAGGAGGAGGCGAAAAAGAAGCGCGAAGCGGAGGAGGCGGCGCGUGUCUACGAUGAAUUCGUCGAGUCGUUUAAAGUGGACGAUAAGAAACCGAAGGCGUUUGUGCGAGGAGGAACCAUCAACCCCAACGCCAAGCACGACACACCGGGGGAAGAACCUGGAAGCGCUUCCAAAAAGGCCACAGCGAGAUACGUUCCGUCCUUCCUGCCGCCUCCGUCCCAAAGCCCACUUGCGGGAAUUCUAUCCAAGGACAAGAAUCCGUUCGGCGUGGAGGAACCAGAGAAACCAGCCGAGCCUGUUCCAAAGGCGAAGGAGCAGAAGAAGCCGCGGAACAUCGAUUUCUUCAUGCAGGAGCUGAAGCAGGAGCAGGAGCUGCGCGAGCAGAGGGAGAAGGAGCUCAAGGAGCGAGCGGAAUCAAGGGCAGCAGGCAAGCCGUACGGCAACGAGGGGCAGCCGUCGCUGCUGGGGAGUGAGGGCACGGAUCUGCUGCAGCCGUUCCCAGACGGGGUUAGAAGGAGGGUGAGUAUUGGUGUUCUCUGUCUGGUGCUGCUUUAUGGGACUGAGGGGCAGCCGUCGCUGCUGGGGAGUGAGGGCACGGAUCUGCUGCAGCCGUUUCCGGAUGGGGUUCGAAGGAGGGUGAGUUUCCGUGCUCUGUGCCUUCUCUGCUGCUGUGUGGCAAUGUGGGGCAAUCCGUCCAAGUUCGACACAGGGCCGCCUCUCAUUGCCACGCCUCCAGGCAUCACCACCGUUUCCACCGACGAUGGGGGAGACCCUCUCACCACCAACCUUUAUGUCGGCAACCUUUCCCCCAAGGUAAGGCGUGAAGCACGGCCUGAGGUGGACGAGAAUUUCCUGCUGAGGACGUUUGGGCGGUUUGGGCCGAUAGCGAGUGUGAAAAUCAUGUGGCCGCGCACAGAGGAGGAGCACCGGCGGCAGCGCAACUGCGGGUUCGUGGCGUUCAUGAAGCGCGCCGAUGCUGCCAAGGCCAAGAACGAAAUGGACUGCAUGGUGGUGUAUGAGUACGAGAUCCGCAUAGGGUGGGGCAAAGCAGUGUCUCUGCCCGCGUCUGCUCUCCCGGCGCCUCCCCCCGGCCAGAUGGCAGUUCGCCCCAAGGAGCUGCCACCCAAUUCAGGAGAGGCCGUUGCUGCCAACAGCGCUGUCAUCACCCCCAACGUGCCAGACAUCAAGAUAGUCCCGCCCAAGGAUCCACAUCAGCGCCACGUCAUCGACACGCUGGCGCUGUACGUGCUGGACGACGGGUGCAUGUUGGAGCAGGCCAUCAUGGAGCGCGGCCGCGGCAACCCGCUCUUCUCCUUCCUCUUUGACCUCGGCUCGCCGGAUCACACUUACUAUGUCUGGCGCGUCUUCUCUUUCGCGCAGGGAGACACCCUGCAGCGGUGGCGCACGGACCCCUACAUCAUGAUCACAGGCAGCGGCAGGUGGAUUCCACCCCCUCUGCCCAAGACAGAUGAGCUCGUGGGGCCGACUAUUCUGGACAAGGACAAGGGCGGGUCGACUUAUGCUGCAGGGAAGCCAAAGGAGCACUCCCUGACAGACAAGCAGCGGGACAAGUUUGAGGACUUGCUGAGGCGGCUCACUCUAGAGAGGGAGGACAUCUGCACCGCCAUGGCUUUCGCCUUAGACCACGCAGAAGCUGCCACCGACAUAGUUGAAGUGCUUAUCGAGUCGCUCACUCUGCUCGAGACGCCCAUCCCCCUUAAAGUCGCGCGUCUGAUGCUUGUAUCGGACAUCCUCCACAACUCCUCUGCACCGGUCCGGAACGCGUCGGCCUACCGCACGGCUUUCCAGGGGUAUUUACCCGACGUGAUGGAGAGUUUUAACGACUGUUUGAACGCGGUUUCGGGUAGGAUGACUGCGGAGGCUCUUAAGGACCGUGUCCUGAAAGUGAUUCAGCGUCGCUGCAAGCACAACGGCUUAUCAACCCGAGGUGGAGUGCCUAUCAUGGUGGCUCGGCUGCUUUCGUUGGAUGCUGCUGAACAGGCUAAGAAGGCUGCCGAAGCAGAGGCAGCUGCUGCGGCGGCUGCUGCGGCCGAAGCUGUGGCGGAGGCUCGGAGGGCGAGCAUCGCGAAGAGAAUGGAAGGGAGUGUGGGGUGGUCGGGAUGGGUUGAGGUGAAGAAAGAGGAGAAAGAGGGGAGCAAGGGAGAUGGGAGUGGGGACGGGGGUAAGGCUGGGGCAGGUUCAGCUGGUGCUGCUGGUGAGAGUGGUGGCGCUGCAUUACCAAAGAAAUUUGUCCUGCCUACACCAGAGCUUAAAGCCUUUGGAUCCAAACUGGAGAAACUUGAGAAGCUAGAGGGGCCCUCUCCUCAAAUCGGUUAA